AUGUCGUCAACACGACCCUACAUCGUAUUCGACGAGGAUGAAGAAAGGUGGAACGACGAUGAGAGCGAUAUCGAGUUGCUUGACUAUGAUUCCGAUUCCGAUCUUGAGAUGAUCGCGAGUAAUUCUUGUGAGGCGUCUGCUACACCGCCCACUCCGAGCUCGAACGAGGGAAAGAGCCGCACGCGCAACCCUCCUCCAAGCAACGACAUCUCUCUACCGCAUGUUGCAAUCCAGAGAUACAGGAUCAGCACAGGUUUCGUCAUAAAUCCGGGCGAUACCGUAGAAUUGAAAGACCGUUCGAACCAUGAUGAGGGUGCUAUGCAUUCGGGAGAUUUUCUUCGCAUCAAAACCAUCAUUAUGAACAUGGAGACGGAUGAGGUGCGACUCCGAGGUUGGCGAAUGCGACGCACUAAGUACCUUGGCCAGAUCUUCGAUUGGAAGAUGAACGAGUUGGGCAUGGUCCUCCGUCUCAACGAAGAUGAUCGUAGCCCACCUUUCGUCGCGGGCAUGGAAGACGUUGAAAUCGAAGAGAUUCACCGAGUGCGCGAGUGUACGCUGACUAACAAACCCUAUCCGUUCCUCAGUUUCCGAUCUGACGGCUGUGCUGCAUGGCCGCCUGGUAUGACUAAGGACGACGUCAAGAAGCAAAUAUUCCACGGCGGUAGACUUACUUGCCGUGUUGUCAACAUUCUCUACAUGAGUGGAACCAAAUCAAAGCCAUACGGUGGUAUUGUUCGUCAUCUAUAUACCCACGAGGCGGAUGCAACUGCGACGCCAGCUCCUACUCAAGAUUCCGGUCUUUCUCGCGAGACGUCGAUAGCGAUAGAAGAUACUGAAGAGCCUGGCUACGUUGUCGUGAGCAAGGAGCCUUCCGCGAAGAAGCGGCGUGUACGCGAUGACUCUCCCGACUUCGAGAUCCUGGAUCAUGAGCCAUCAAAGCGGAAGACUCGUUAUCCUUCGAAGCAGGGCCGUCUAAUAUUCGGCGAUGUAUUCUGCGGAGCUGGAGGUGCAAGUCAAGGCGCUGCCCAAGCCGGGUACUAUGUUCAAUGGGGUCUCGACAAUGAUGAACGCGCGCUUAGUGCAUACCGCCUGAACCAUCCUGGUGCGUACGCAUGGAAAAUGGAUGCGCAUGAUUUUCCGCCAAACGGUAUUAGCAAGGAGAACUGGAAAGUCGACGUACUCCACCUCUCGCCUCCUUGCUGUUACUGGAGCCCCGCACAUACCCACGAUGGACCUAAGGAUCAAGAGAACUACGAAGCCAUUUACACUGUUGGUCCAAUCCUUAACAAGGUCAAACCGCGUGUCGCAACACUGGAGCAGACCUUUGGCCUCGCCACCCACGAUCAGCACAAGAGGAACUUUCUCAUGCUCUUGUACGAUAUUGGCAAAGCUGGCUACGAUGUUCGCUACAAGAUCCAGGAUCUGAGCCAUUACAGUCUUGUACAGAAGCGCAAGCGAUUACUAAUAAUUGCUGCAAGACGGGGUACACCUCUACCUCCCUUCCCAAAACCCACACAUGGCGCCCCAGGAAGUGGAUUGAAACCCUUCGUGUACAUCGAUCAGGCCCUCAAGCAUAUCACCCGCCAGGGCAGGCGGGCUAUGAACGACCCCUACCAUCAGCCCAAACUGUUUCCCGUCCCUAAGUUAGCCUACGAUCCGCGGACGUUCCUCCGAGGAUGCAUCACCACCGGUGGCACAACAGCUUGUCAUCCGUCAGGAACACGUCACUUCACACCUCGGGAACUCUCCUUGUUCCAAAGUUUCCCAUAUGUGUAUGAAUUCACUGGUGCGAAGUUUGAGGCCACGAAGCAGAUAGGCAAUGCCUUCCCACCAAUCAUGGCCCAGACGAUCUAUCAGACCAUUGCGAAAACCCUAGAAGCCUUCGAAAAGGGCCUUAUCGGAGCGGAAGAUGAUCUUUCCGAUCUUGAUAUUAUUCUGGCACAGACCGGUGAGAGCGCUCCUCAACAGCGACGGCUCGACAGCUUCACCGGGAGCGCAUCCCCUCACAGACCUUCCCGAAAUACCAGCUCUAGGACGGCGAGGGCUACUGAGUCCCGAACUGUAUCGCCUUCUACGCGCAACAGCACAGAGUCGACGCGAUCACGACGCAGGCGUGCAAGCGGCUUUCCGUCUUUGAAUCUUCUCGAUGGUGUGCUAAAUGGCAUCAACAACUUCGCCAACAGGGACACCGCUUCAGUCAGCGGGAACACUAGGCGGCGUCGCGAGCCUAGUCUUCCAAACGAAGAUAACGAGGUCAUCUACAUACCCAGCGACAACGAAUGAACAUACGAGAUGCCAUCUGAAGAGCGUGGAAUCUUUACUGGAUUGCUGGAGCUCUAGUGUGUAGUUUUCGUAUAAAGUAUCUUCGGAAGUCGCGCCGCGCUGUCCUACUUGUACAAAACGCAACCGCUGAAACAUCGACUCAUGUGCAUUGAAGCAGUCGGUUGUCGUGACAAGCUACACACGAUCUGUGCCAAUACAGUUUGUUUCACAUUCAGGUUACAAGGAUAGGUCUGCGAGGAGUCUGUACAGC